AUGAGCUCCAGCGUCACGUUCGAUGAAGCGCUGCCGUUGGUGAAAGUCGCCCUGCGGAGCUGCAACUACCCGCCUGGGGUGUUGCAGUCCGUCUUUGAGUUCUGGUGGCGUAAAGUGGUAGCUGACGGAGACGACCUGGAGCCAGCUGACUCGCUGGAUGCUUUCGUUACAGGCUGCAAAGCCCUCCAGCAACCCGAGGGAAGGGCCCUUCACCAGUGCGCGGCAUGCACCUUUGCCGUGCACGAGGAGCCUGGGUUUGGCGGCUUCUGCUGCAAGGCGUGCCACCGAGCUUGGAAGAGCGGCAAGCGGAGUGGUCUCCAUGAGCAUGGGAAAAAAUGCCGCAGGGUCGACGGUUCCGCUCUGCGUGUGGCUGCGCUGCCGAUGCCUCCCAUGGAGGACCCGCCUCGGAGACCCAAAGCUACGGCGGCAGCGGAGAAGGGAAGCCUGCAGAAUCUUGCAGGCUCUUCGAGCAGCGUGACGGCCUCUGCACAAGGCUGUGCCGAAGGUGACGGCGCCGAAGCACUGUGCUGGGAGAACUUUGUCUUCUGGGCCAGACCCCCGGCCGGCGCCGGCGCCGAACCUGUGCUUUGCAUCGUGCACUGCAACGAAGACCCCCUGAAGGACCUCUUCGCGUGCGCGCGGAACUGGGCGAACUCCUUCUUCGGGAAGGAGGCGGUGUCUCACCACGACAUGGUCCAUGAGCGCUGGGGUGGACUCCGUGAGGCAAUCGAGCAGGCUUGCCCCUACACGAGCACGUGGUCAGGCAUCUUCAUCUACGAAGUUGUCGUGGAUGGCUUUGUCGGGCUUGGCAUCGGCCGGACGUUGGAAACCCGCACGCGAGCAGCUUUGGUGGCCUUGAGUGUCGCGGCCCGCCGCAGCGGCAAGGAUUGUGGGCAGCAUGCCGACCUCGACGACCUCGACCAGCUCGUGCAGAUUGCCAACGGCAAGCGGUGCCUGGACCUGCCUGGGCCUGGGGCCAAGCGCAAAGCCGAGGAGGAGCCCAACGCGAAGUUGAUCUCCUACCUGCAGAAGAUCAGAGAGCUGGAUUCGCAGGAGCUGGGAGCUCUGAAGCAGCUGCUUUCUGACAAGAGCAGCAGCGAGACCUCAGCAGAGGAGGCUCCGAAGGCCAGUGCCAUUUCCCAG